AUGACAAUGGAUCACUUGCUGUUUUUAUACAGCUUUCUGCUCCCUGUGGUUUUAGCAGUUGAAGAGACUCUUAUGGAUAGCAGGUUGGCAACAACAGAGCUGGCAUGGACCACCUAUCCAGAGAGUGGGUGGGAAGAAGUCAGUGGAUAUGACGACUCAAUGAACCCUAUCCGCACUUAUCAAGUGUGUAACGUUCUGGAGCCCAACCAGAACAACUGGCUCCGCACAGACUUUAUUCCACGCCAGGGCGUCCUGCGUGUCUAUGUUGAGCUUAAGUUCUCGGUCCGUGACUGCGCCAGUAUACCCAACAUCCCCGGUUCCUGUAAAGAGACCUUCAAUCUCUUCUACUAUGAGUCCGACAGCGACGCUGCUACAGCGACCAGCCCAGCCUGGAGGGAAAACCCGUAUGUGAAGGUGGACACCAUCGCCCCUGACGAGAGCUUUUCCUUGCUGGAGACUGGGUUGGUCAACACCAAAGUGCGCAGCUUUGGACCACUUUCCAAAGCUGGCUUCUACCUGGCUUUUCAGGACCUGGGGGCCUGCAUGUCUCUCAUAUCAGCCAGGGUCUUCUUCAAGAAAUGCCCAACCACCAUUGCCAGCUUUGCCGUCUUCCCCGAAACAGCCACUGGAGCCGAGGCCACCUCGCUCGUUAUAGCUACGGGAACUUGUGUGUCUAACGCCGUGGAGGUGUCCGUCCCUCUGAAACUGUACUGCAACGGGGACGGGGAGUGGAUGGUUCCUGUGGGCUCGUGCACCUGCAUGGCAGGAUUUGAACCAGCUAAGAGAGACACCCAGUGCCAGCCAUGCAGUCCUGGAUCCUUUAAAUCAAAUCAGGGCCAGGGGUCCUGCUCUCCUUGCCCUCCCAACAGUCGAGCCAGCUCACCGGCAUCAGGCGUGUGCCCUUGUCAAAGCGGCUUCUACCGUGCGGACACCGACUUGCCCGACUCUCCUUGCACCACUACGCCGUCCGCUCCCCUGAAUGUCAUCUCGAGCGUGAACGAGACCUCCGUGGUCUUGGAGUGGACGGAGCCGCGAGAUUCGGGUGGCCGGCAGGACGUGGUCUACAACGUGGUGUGCAAGAAGUGUCCGCACGGGGGCGGGGCCUGCGCCCGCUGCGAUGACAAUGUGGAGGUGUCGCCUCGGCGUUUAGGCUUACCAGAAAGACGAGCGGCAGCGAGAAACCUGCAGGCUCACACACGCUACAGUUUCGAGAUCCAAGCCGUCAACGGCGUUUCGGCCAAAAGCCUCACAGCACCCCGCUACGCCACCGUCAAUAUCACCACCAACCAGGCCGUCCCCUCUGCUGUGCCCACUGUGCAUUUGCUGAAGGCUACCGCGGGAACGCUAACCCUCUCCUGGCUACCUCCGUCCAAACCCAAUGGAGUUAUUCUGGAUUAUGAGAUCAAGUACAACGAGAGGGGCAUCGCCUUCUCCCACACUGUCACUGCCCAACACAGCUCAGCCAGAGUGGAAGGGCUAAAGAAGGGCACAGUCUAUGUGGUGCAGGUCCGUGCCCGCACGGUGGCCGGUUACGGUCGUUACAGCAGCCCACUGGAGUUCAGCACAAACCUGCACGAUGACCCUGAGCGAUCAGUACAGGACCAGCUGCCUCUUAUCAUCGGCUCAGGCUCGGCUGGAUUUGUGGUUAUCCUUGCUCUCAUUGUCAUCGCUGUCAUCUGCCUCAGGAGGCAACGCACCGGCUCAGAGCUAGAAUACUCAGAGAAGUUGCAGCAAUAUGUGUCCCCAGGUGCUAAGGUUUACAUUGACCCUUUUACCUAUGAGGACCCCAACGAAGCUGUCCAUGAAUUUGCCCGAGAGAUUGACAUUUCAUGCGUGAAGAUAGAGGAAGUCAUUGGAGCAGGAGAAUUUGGGGAGGUGUGUCGCGGUAGACUGAAGCAGCCAGGCAGGAGGGAAGUGACGGUGGCGAUUAAGACACUGAAGGCAGGCUAUACAGAGAGACAGAGGCGGGACUUCCUCGCCGAGGCCAGCAUCAUGGGCCAAUUCGACCACCCAAACGUCAUUCACCUGGAAGGCGUGCUGACCAGGAGCUGUCCGGUCCUCAUCAUUACUGAGUUCAUGGAAAAUGGAGCACUGGAUUCCUUCCUCAGGCUGAAUGAUGGAAGGUUCACAGUGACUCAGCUUGUCGGAAUGCUGAGGGGCAUCGCUGCAGGAAUGAAGUACCUUUCGGACAUGAACUACGUCCACCGCGACCUAGCUGCCCGGAACGUGUUGGUGAACUGCAACCUCGUGUGCAAGGUGUCUGACUUUGGCCUGUCGCGCUUUCUGGAUGAGAACUCUUCCGACCCCACUUACACCAGCUCCUUGGGAGGAAAGAUCCCUAUUCGCUGGACCGCCCCAGAGGCCAUUGCCUUCCGUAAGUUCACCUCUGCCAGUGACGUGUGGAGCUUUGGCAUCGUCAUGUGGGAGGUUAUGUCAUUUGGAGAACGUCCAUACUGGGACAUGAGCAAUCAAGAUGUGAUGAAUGCAGUGGAGCAAGACUAUCGGCUGCCCCCACCCAUGGACUGCCCUGCUGUGCUGCACCAGCUAAUGCUGGAGUGCUGGUUCAAAGAGAGGAACAUGCGACCCAGGUUUUCCCAAAUAGUGUCCACUCUAGACAAGCUUCUCCGCAAUGCUGCCAGCCUGAAAGUGGUGAAUGACUCUCAUUCAGGGGAUCUUUACGGCAUGGGUGGGACUCUACCUGGCCACCAGAGGAAGAGUUUAGACGGUAUGCAGGAUAUGAGACAACAAAUGAGCCAGACUCUUCCCAUCCGGGUGUGA